AAAAACUCAUUUAAGAAGAUACCCUUCCCUUCCCCUCACUCAUCCCCAUUCACUCCAUCUCUGCCAUGAACUAAAUUUUUUUCUGACUUGAAAAAUCUAUUCCAACUGCUGCAACUUUCAGAAUCUCUGUCUAUAUCUCUUUCCCUUUUACUACUGUUAAUUCAGUGUAUGUUGCAGUUCAUACUGCAACCUCUGAUUUGAGUUUGACCCCUUUUGGUUUUCCUCUUCUCUGAUUUGUGCACACACUGAUACAAAAAUAAAAUGAAACCCCAGCACUCAUCUCUCAAGAUUGCUCGUUUUGCAGACAUCGGGAUUGGACUUACAAAUUUGGGUGACUCCUGGAACAUGGAGAGUGGUAAUAUGUUGAGUGGCGGAGGAGGAGAAGGGUCGCCUCCAAUCGAGCUAGGCCUCGAGCUUGGACGAGGGUCUAGUCAUAGAACAACCGGGUUCACAAAAGCAUGUGGGUUCACAGUUUUUCAACUGCAGGAACUACAGCUUCAAUCUCUCAUCUACAAGUACAUGGAAGCUGUUCUACCUGUACCUAUUCACCUUCUCCUCCCUAUUUGGAAAAGUGUUGCCGGUUCUCUCGGCGGACUCCACGGCGGCCCUUAUGAACUCUACUCCGGAUAUUUGGGUUGUGGAUCAUUGCCCUUGGAGUACAAGAAUGGGGUGGAUCCAGAGCCAGGAAGAUGUAGAAGAACAGAUGGGAAGAAAUGGAGGUGCAGCAAAAAAACAGUCCCGGAUCACAAAUACUGCGAGAGACACGUGCACAGAGGCCGCCAGCGUUCAAGAAAGCUUGUGGAAGCUUCUCAAGCUACCACCACCAAUAGUAGUCGUGUUAGCCAUCGAAAUGCCGACAAAAACCUCUCCAUUUCUCUGCAGCUCGAUAGUAGCAGUAGUAGUAGUAACAAUGGCAGCAAUCUGUCUUCUGGCUUUAUCGGUUUCUCUCCAAAGAGUGUUCUCCGAGGAAGAAAUAAAAAAUCCGAGUCCUCACUGCAGCUUCAAGAGCUUUAGGAAUGAGUUUUGGGGUAAUGUUUGCAGGUUAGGUGGUGGGUUGCUUGCUGCAAGGUGCAGUGAUGGUGAUGGUGAUGGUGAUGGUGAUGGGGGGUCUUCUAAGCUUGGAA